UUUUUCAAACCCUGUUCAGGCUGUUGUUCCUCGAUGAUAUCCAUGCAAUCCGGCCAUCGCCGGCCAGUCUUGCCUUUACUUUAGUACCUUCCGUGUAAUAAAUUCCGUCACGGCAUCAUGGUUCCCCUUUCAUAACCUCUUGCAAGGCAUCAGAAACAGAAGAGAUGUGACCUCGCCGUAGCAGGGUCAGUGUGGCGCCUGGAGCACGACCAUGCCUGCCAUCAAGGCGUGUGGACGCCGAUUGCAUGUGUCGACAGAUGAUUUCUUCUUUCCAGGAGUGUUCUCAGUGUUCUUGAGACUUGUCUGGCUGAUACUGACGGCAGUGGUUAUUAACUUCUAUCAGAAAGAGAAGGAUGAUUGUGCGAACUCGGGACACAUCCUCGACGUUUACCUGUAUGGUGCGUUGGUGCUUACCAGCGUGGUGGGACUGCUGGAUAUGGCGAUAGCGUACCACAGUAGUCGCGGCUCCAUCUCCAACACGGCGGCGAGGCGCGCCGUCCCCGGCCUGCUGGUGGCGCGCAUUGUCAUGGCGUUUCCCGAGCUCGCCUGGCUGGUGCUGGGCACGAUCUGGGCGUGGCGGCCGGACCUGCACGGGGCGCCGUGUCCCGAGCGAGACCUGACCAUGGUGCGAGUGGCCGUCACCUCCGCCUGGGUACUGUUCUCCGUCCUCGCCUUCCUGGGCCUGGGCGUGAUCGACUGGCUGGGAUCGUCCAAAGUGCCGUCCGCGGAUGUCAGCGAUGCUGGUCAUAGCUUCGACGAAGACUGUCAGUUAACAGGUUCAGCUAGGCAUAGGCAUGAGGAGAUGUGGGAAAGACGCUGCGACCUGUGCUGUUGCAUGUGCUUUCGCGGCAGUAAGAAAUCUGAUCCGGAGUACCGCACGACCUUGCUGGAAGUAUCCCAGAUCUUUGCAUCAUUCUUCAGCUCCCAAGUGGACAUUGUUCCCACGGACAUAGCGGCGGGCAUGCUGCUCGUUGCUGAGGUGCAGCAGCUGAGGCUACGCAGAGACUGGCAAAGUAAUGAGACCUGCCUGGCUAGUGCUGUCUCAGUACCCCCUUCUGCUGCUGCGACGGGUGCAGCGGGUGUUGAUGAUAAUGGAGACACGCGCGUAGUGCCAAUUGGACAGGAGCAGCAAUGUGUCACUGAGUAUGGACCGUGCCUUGCCUGGGGUCACAUAGGCAAUGAUGGUGCAAAGACGUUUUCAGCCAGCACCAUGGGUAUCGUGUCACUGAGCGAACAGGCCAACAGAGAGGCCUAUGAACCGGUGGUCCACUUCAUGAAGUUUGCCAUGGGUCCUUACGGCUGGCCAUUGUUUAUAUAUGAGAGACUUCUGACGGGCUGCUGCAGACUAUUGCCAUACUGCCAAUGCUGCGUGGAGUGUCAGUCACGCGAGGCCAUUGUGGACAAGGAUUGUCCUGGCUCUCACUGUAACACUGCUGCUAUACUUAGCUGGACAGGCAUUCAGUAUGAUGACAUCAUCUAUGCUACAUUUGAUGCUGAGCUGAUGCAGCUGCCCUUCUUCGUUGCUGUUGAUCAUUCUCACGAUGCUGUUGUGGUCAGUAUUCGUGGCACAAUGUCUCUCAAGGAUGCCCUGGCUGACAUGCGUGCCGCACCCCGGGCAAUGGGUGUGGAUGGUCACCCUGAGUUUAUGGCGCACGAUGGAAUGCUGGAAAGCGCCAUGCGGAUCCGCAGGCGGAUGCAGCAGAUGCGCUUGCUCGAAACUGCCUUUCAGCGGGCGUCGCGUCGCGGGAUGAACUACGAUCUGGUCUUCGUCGGUCACUCCCUGGGUGCCGGCGUGGCAUCCGUCCUUUCCGUGCUGUACCGGGCCGAAUACCCAUCUCUUCGCUGUUAUGCAUACUCACCUCCCGGCGCCCUUCUCAACAAGGAGUGUUCGCUCUUCUCGAGCGAGUUCACCGUGUCGGUGAUUCUUGGUGACGAUGUGGUGCCUCGACUGAGUAUCCCCGCACUGGAAGACUUGCGAGUAGAUAUUAUCGAUGCCCUUACGAAGACGACGCACUCCAAGCCUCACAUACUCUGUGUGGUAUGCUGCUCAACGUUCCUACCUUGCUUCUGCUGUUGUCAACACUUGGAUGUGGACAUCGAAGCAGCAUCGUCAUCCUACCCUAGCGCAUGUCUCGAAUCGAGCAGUUACAGGGACCAAGAUGAAAGCCCUGAGCCUGUGUUAGGUCAGCCUGGCGCGAGUCUUGUCGCAGCAACCAUACCACCAAUGCCGAGUAGUGAUGCAGAUGGUGGUCGUGCUGUUGCAAGCACGGGUCCCCGCCGUGGACGUGAAAUCUUCUACACGCGCUAUACCAUGUACCCACCAGGUCGUCUGCUGCAUGUUGUGGAGGAUAGCGAUGCUAAGAACAGCUGUUGUUCUGGUGAGCCGUCCAGAUCAUUACGCUGGAUUCCCUUCAACAGCCUCCAGAAUGUCCGCGUUAGCUCCAAGAUGAUCAAAGAUCACCUGCCCAACCAUGUCAACGCUGCACUGGAGCAGGUGUACGACGGUAGCUUUUAUCAGCGCCGGCACCUGCGCCAGGAGGCCGUCUGAAGUUUGCCUCGCUGCCAAUGUGCUGCAGCCGCGUGUUGUGUUUGUGGCGCUUGCGAUGAGUUCUCUCAUUUGCUCUUCCACCCCCCCCCCCCCCCCCCAGCUAGCAUCCUUGUUAGAGGCUCUGGGAUUUUACUUGUCACUGUGGCUGCUUUCUACACUACACCCUUAUUCACACACUAUCUCUAGGUAUGGUUGUUUUCCACACCACCCUCCUUAUUCACGUUCUUCUUGUGGCUACGAACAGAAGAAUUCUAUUUACACUAUUUCGUCAAAACCAAAUUAAUUGUUUUGGGCAAGGCGCCAGAACUCAAAUUCACAGAUUCUGAACACUAUUUUACCGUUCUUGAUAGGCCUACUUGGGAUCUCAGGUUGUUGGUCACACAGCCUGUCUGGUUUAUCCUGAAAGUCAAUUUUAUAUUUGUAGGCCCCAUUGCUGCUGCUGCUGUUCAAGUGUCUUGCAAGCCUUCCUUUCCCUGGGCUUACUUUGCCGGUUUUUAUUUCUUUUACUGUUGCUGGUGGUGGCGGUGUUGCAGGAGAAUGACUACUCGCUGUACCAUUGUCCUAUCCUGUCCUUGAGCUAUCUUGGAUUUCUAGGUGCAUGAACAUGUGAUAAUUUUUCUUUUCUUUUUUUUCUAUUCAACUCUGUGCACCUCAGGCACCCCGUUGUAUUUCACUUGACUUGGUGCACUGCUGCACUGCUGCACUGCUGCAUGUGUCUAGUGUUUCUGUCAUGUUUAUUCUCUUUUUAUUGAAGUCCUCACCGACUCCAUUGCAGCCAUUAUGCACUUACACAUACUUAGUGUUUUGGAAACCAUAGGAAACCUUAGGAACCAUAGGAAACCUUAGGAACCAUAGGAAACCAUAUGUUCAAAGUAUCCUCUGUGUAGUCUUCCCUGGCCUGGCAAGGUCCAUGAAACGUCGAUGCUGCGUUGUCGUCUUCUUCUUCUUCUUCUUUUCAAGGCUUGUUUUUGCUUCAGAUGCUGGCCCGUUUGUUGCACAUUCUUACGUAAAAGUUUCAAUCUUUUUGCAGACACGAGAACAUAUUCACAUUUUCACAAGUUUGCAAAAUUGUCAUUGUUA